AUGUUGAUGGCCAACUCGCACGAGCGCGGUCCAUACAACCUAGUCCCCAAAACCAAGGAUAGUUUGGCCCUCCUACUCUCACAGCCCAACACUCGAUGGUAUGAAAGCAAGAUGCGCAUGUCCAUGCAGUGUUUCGACUAUCUAGUGCAACUGCUCUCAACCGACGAGGUGUUCGUGCGGAAGCCUACCGGUCGACCGCAACGGGCUGUACGCGAGCAAGUCGCGAUUUUUCUGCAGUACAUGGGCGACCCUAGCACCAAAUUGGGGUCCGCGGUCAACACGGGUAUAGGCGAGGGCUCGAUUUACCACUACGUCGACCGCGUUGCCGAUGCCCUCUACCAUCUGUUGCCCCAAGUGAUCCGUUGGCCGACGGGCGCGGAAGCGGCUCGCGUCGCGGACGCGUUCGAAGUGGACAAUUGUGUAGGGGUUAUAGAUGGGACUCUUCUUCCACUGGCUACAGCUCCUCCCUUGAGACAGCGAAUGUCAUACUUCAACGGGCGUAAAAAAAUGUAUUGCGUAAGUUGCUAGUACUACAUCGCUCCCGACCUAUCUCCUUGAUUUAAGAUCGAUGGUCACUUGAGGUUCGAUACUCGUCUCUCCGCGACCAUAUGUGUAUCGCUGAUCCCGUUGCAAACUUCCUUAUCUCAGCUUAACAUGCAGGCAACGGUCGACGACAAAAAACGAUUCACUUCAGUCGACGGCGGUUUCACCGGCGUUUGACACGAUAGCGACAUAUUUCGAAAGUCUCAGAUUUGGCGUUGGCGCGACGUCUAUUUCCCUGACGAUACAUUCAUACUCGGCGAUAAAGGUACAUACUGCUCUGUGGGGCGACCGCACCGACGGGGCGAUGAACUGAACAAGCUGUGUUGUGUUCUUUGUAUGUGGCCAUUGCAGGCUACCCGCAGUCCGCUCUUCUCAUCACGUCGUUUAAUCAGAUCAAACUGAACGCAAUGGGCCCCCUGUCGCAACGGAAGGCAAUCGUGUUCAACAAAACCUUCAGCUCGAAGCAAAUCGUGGUCGAGCAGGUGUUUGGCGACCUCAAGAACAAGUUUCGGUGGCUCAAACUUUUAGCGGGUGUCUAUCACACGCCUAUGUGGAAGUAUGUUGGUGCUUUGAUGGUGCUUCACAAUCUUCUGAUUGACUGGAGAGACGAGGACGGGCCGAUGGUCGAAUGGGAACUGGGAGGGCGGCAGGGAGAACCACCAUUUAUUCGACCUCUUACUCCGGAAGACGAAGCGUUCAUUCGAGAACGUGCUCGGCGGCCCAUAGGUCAAAUGGCUGUGCGCCCGGAUGAUGCCGCGAAGGGCAAGAGGCUGCAAGAACGUGUGAAGAGGGCCUUUGAAAGCAAUGCGUAG